CUACGUCGUGCAGUCGCGGCACAUCUUUCUACGCUUGGCUGUUAUCGUGACCUUUCGCGAGAGACCAAAAUUUUGGAUGACAUUUCGAGUGUUAGGAACUUUUCAACUAAUGCGAAAUGAUUUUCGUCAGAUUUAUCUUGCCAAUUCGAUCAUCAUGAAAGAAGAAUCGUGCUGUGAAUUCGCGGUUGUAAAGCUAACGUCUGGAAGACACCUGGGAUUACUCCCAGCUGUUUAUCUAGGCCAUACUCGGCCAUCGGCCAUACUGAUUUCGCCGAGCUCAAAACUCAAUCGCCAGUCUCGUCCAAAGUCACGUGACCGCUAAUGUCAUCUCUAUCGUUAUAUGAACUGUAUUUAUGUAGUUAUACUUAUUGACAUUUAUACUGUAUGUACAUGUGUCAUAAAUUCAUGCAAUAUAUGUACACAUUCAUAUAAAUAUAAAUUAUCAACUUAAGCGCAAUCUUGAAUGAUUAGAUAAUUCGCAGAAAUGUAAUAAACACGCUGCCAGAAAUCCUUAACAUUCAUUAAAAUUUAAAAUUAUGAUGAAGCAGCAUAUAACAUUGUUAAUACUUGGAGUAUUGGUACUCAAACAUGGGGCUUUUCUUGAAGUACAUGUUCCACGUAUUGCUGUUAUAGGAGGUGGCAUCGGUGGUGCUUCUGCCUUGCAUUUCCUCUCAGAGUUGUUCAAUGGAAGUUUGGAGAUUGACUUGUAUGAAGCAAAAACUAUCGGUGGACGACUGGCAACUGUAAAAAUUAAUGACGAUGAAGUCGAAGCUGGUGGUUCAAUUAUACAUCCUAAGAACAUGUAUAUGCAAAAGUUUGUCAAACUUAUGGGUUUAAAACCUAAUUUUCCCAGUGAACAAAAAUAUGGUAUAUGGAAUGGAGUUGAAUUUGUUUAUAAGGAAAGCACAUGGCAGAUUGUAUCACUAGCAAAGUUAUUUUACAGAUAUGGUUUUCAAAUGUAUAAACUUACAAGUUAUGUAGGUGACAUAGUAGAAGAUUUUGGAAAUAUAUAUGAUCUGCAGGAUAAUGGAAAGUCUUUUGCCAAUGUUACUGCUCUGCUAGCAGCUAUGAAUAAGGAAUUCCCGCGAUUAUUGCAAAUGUCUGUGAAAGAUCAUCUUUUACAUAUGGGUUUCACAGAAAGACUAAUCGAUGAAAUAGUGCAAGCUACUACGGUAGUAAAUUAUGGUCAGGAUGUCGAUAUUCAGAGUUUUGUAGGUUUAAUAUCCGUAGCUGGAGCAGCUGUUGAUCUAUGGUCUGUUGAAGGUGGAAAUAAAAGAGUACCGGAACGUCUCAUUGAUAAAAAUGAAUAUGUAAAUGUAAUACGAAGCCGUGUUACAAAAAUUCGCAACAUAGCAGACAAUGAUAAUUUAAAGCAAUACGAAGUGACCUAUAUAAAUAAAGAUAGCACAGAUUCAAUGACAUCUAAUUAUGAUAUUGUAAUUAUUGCUACCCCACUUACACACGACCAAGAAUUUCCAAUAGAAUUCGUCGAUUUUCCAGAUAAUUUAGUAUUUCCAGGAGACUAUCAAACGACAUAUGCAACAUUUGUUGAUGGGGAUCUUAAUCCAAAGUAUUUUGACUUGCAAGAAACUCUAGAUGCUAUUCUAAGUUGUAAUCCCAACAAAACAAAAAUUAGCUCAAUUGGAAAAGUUGAUUCUGUGUAUGGAUCAACCAAGAAAAAUUCGCGAAUCUGGAAAAUCUUUAGCAGGAAAUCUAUAUCAUCUCUUAUACACAAUAUGUUUUAUAAUGUCACUGAAAAAAGAGAAAUUGCUUGGAAAGCAUAUCCCCGAUACUCAACAAUAAAUGUACUCGAUAAAUUCAAGCUACAUGAUGCGCUAUAUCAUGUCAAUGCAAUUGAAUGGGCUGGCAGUGCAAUGGAAAUAAGUGCAGUAGCUGGAAGAAACGUCGCUAUCUUGGCACAUGAUGAUUUUAUCCAAAAAUACAACCUUACCUCAAAUAAAGAGGUUUAUGAAGAUUCAACAAGAAAAAUAGAAUUAUAAUAUUA